GAAGGCGGGGCUAGGUCCAACCAGGCGUUUUGCACACCUGUAUGGUUGCCAUGGAGAUUAAAGGAUUUCUCGAACAUGCUAGAAAGAAUCAAGGCAAUGCUACACCGAUGGGGGAAUAACAUCAUUACACAAUGUACAACUGAAAAAAGUCGAGUUUCCAUAUUACUGCCCCUUUAAGCAACUUCUUGGGUGUCACACUUGAAGCUUUCUGAACUGACAGAUUGGAUCUUUCAUCAGUAAGAACAUUCAGCAGAGAUCCAACUCGUUCCACCUCUGACUUUAACCAUCUGUGACAGAAUCAGACCCUCUCGGUCGGUUAAAGUCUCAUUAAAGCAGCGAAACAGAAACUCCCAGAUGGAGUCCUUCAUCUCCAAGAAAACUUGGACGAAGGUGAGAAAUAAAAGACGUUUUCUCUGUUCUCCAGUUCUCCUGAUCAAAUUCUGCAGAUGUCAGGAGGCUGGAGAAUUAUUUCUGAACACCAAACAGAUUCUUGGUCAUGGCUCAAAGAUUCUCUUCUACAUGCAUGAGAUAAAAACCUUGCUGCACAUUUAAUCCCACGGUGAAUUAUUGCAGACAGAGAACCUGCUGAACUUGAAAACACACACAGGCUCUUCAUACAGACAGGCGUAAUAAAUCACAGCUAUUGCCUAUUUGCACAUUUUUAUGUCUAAAGGUACCAGAUUCAUCAAAAACAUCCCAACAUCCACAUUAAUAUGCGGCUUUAGAGUCAGCAGCAGAAAAAUCACAUCUUCAGGAAAACAGACUUUGCUGCUUUUACAUCUGUUUCUGUGAGGAUUUAAGUUUCUGCAUGGCUGGAAUUUAGUCACACUUUGAGAUUCAUCAGACAAUCCAAAAGGAGAAAUGGAGCAGGAAGCAAACAAAGGAGCUGGGCAGACAAAAGGUAGUGCUGAACCACAGCAGAGCCUUUUUUUUACCUGAAUCAAACCGGAUCUGUCUACUAUAGGUCUGGAUCCAGACAGUCAGCAGCAGGUUUCCUAGUCUCCCUAAACUCAAUGCUGCCUCUACUGGAUGGAUUUCUGUCACCUCUGAGCUGCAGCAGCAUAUGAACCCAGAGAAAACAGCAAAAGCACCGGCCAUGUUUGAAAAACGCAAACAAAGCCGACAUGCUCUGCUUAGAUCAAACCAAAAUGAAAAUUUUAAAAUAAAUACAAAACCCUGAGGAGAAAAAAACCUUGAACAUCUUGAUGACACUCGGUGGUGGCAGCAUCAUGCAGUUGGAGCUUCACCUGCCAGCAGGACAACCAUCCUAAACAUCCAUGGUUUAGAUCAGAUCAGAUUCAUGGGUUAGGAUGACCUAGUCAAAGUCCAGACAUAAAUCCAACUGAGAAUGUCUGGUAAGAAUUGGAAAUUGAUCUUCACAGACAUUUUUUUCCCCAAAAAACAACAAAACAAAACAAACAAUAAAAACUAGAGCUUUGUUUAUUUUUAAAAGAAUGAGGGAAACUUUUUAAUCUUCUGUUUUUGAGAUUUCUUUAAAAACAUGUUGGCAACAGAAAAGGGAGAAUAUUUAAUGCUCUGCAGCAAAUAAACCCUUUAACAGGACAUUAGGUGGGAUUUGUUGAUUUAUUUUGUUAAAUUACGAGAAUGAAGUCAUUAUUAUGAAAAUAACGACUAUCAGCAGAAUGUUAGGAGAAAAAAAAGGUUGUUUUAGUGAUAAAAAAGCUCGGAUCGAGUUACUGUAGAAGAAUAAUGAUCAUGUUUUUAUCACCGGAACCUCAAGAAGGAAUUCAGAUUAUAACUGAAAUGUUCCAGCUGGGCGAUUCCUGGAAACACUCAUAGAACAACAGCAAGAAGCCAAGAAAGAGCUGGACUGGUAGAGAACUACACACACACACACACACACACACGCACACCCCCACACACACACACACACACACACACACACCCCUACACACACAGCAGACAGCUGGGUUCCAGUAUAAACACGCGGAACAUGCAGUAAAUAAUGAACAGACAGAAACAGGACAACCAUCCGUGUGAUUUGAUUUAGUUUUGCCAUUUUUUUCACUCCCAACAUGACAGCAGCUUUAAAAACUAGAUUCUUCUGCCGUGGCUUUCUGUGGUUCAUCACUCCUGAUUUAUUGAGUUUCACGUGGAAAACGAGCUGAAUGAAGCGCGCGCACAGCAGAGAGGGAGACUGCUCUCCAACAGGUGCAUCCUCCUCCUCCUCUUUCUCUUCCUCCUCCUCCUCUUCCUCCUCCUGCUCCUCUUUACGCGCUCUCCCCCUGCCUCUGCUCACUCUGCGGCUCAGACCUGCAGCCCUCAGAUCAAGUGUUGCUCCAAACUUUUCUCUCCGCUCUCAGGCUGAUCCAGCUGCACCACCGCGCUGGUUUUACGCGCAGCAGCUCCUGCAGCUGGAGCUCCUCUUCUCCCCAGCAUGGAUGACGAGUUCCUCUCCAACCUCUCCCCGGCUCCCCCCGGAGACCCCGAGGCGUUGACCCCCAACUCCACCGUGGAGCCCGGCUGGUGGGGGGCCUCCGACGGCGGGGAGACGGUGCACUUCGUGGUGCGCUGCGUCAUGACCUCUGUCUACAUCCUCAUCAUCACCGUGGGUCUGCUGGGGAACAUCAUGCUGGUGAAGAUCUUCAUCACCAACAGCGCCAUGCGCAGCGUGCCCAACAUCUUCAUCUCCAGCCUGGCGGCGGGCGACCUGCUCCUGCUGGUCACCUGCGUGCCCGUGGACGCGUUCCGGUACUUCUCGGAGGAGUGGGUGUUCGGCGAGGCGGCGUGCAAGCUCAUCCCCGUCAUCCAGCUCACCUCAGUCGGCGUGUCGGUGUUCACGCUCACGGUUCUCAGCGCGGACAGGUACAAGGCCAUUGUGAAUCCGAUGGACAUCCAGACAUCUAGCGCCGUCUUCUGGACUUGUCUGAAAGCCGUUUCCAUCUGGCUGCUGUCCGUCCUGCUGGCCGUCCCUGAAGCCAUUUUCUCACAAGUGAUUUCCAUGCAGGGUCACAGGGACAACAUGAACGUCACCUUCGUGAACUGCGUUCCCUACCCGCUGUCCAAUCAGAUGCAUCCCAAAAUCCACUCUGUGAUGAUCUUCCUGGUUUACUUCCUGAUCCCUCUGACCAUCAUCUCAGUGUAUUACUACCACAUUGCCCGCACGCUAAUCAAGAGUGCCUACAACAUGCCGGGGGAAGUCAGUGAACACACCAAGAGACAGAUGGAGACGAGGAAGCGCCUGGCCAAGAUCGUUCUGGUCUUCGUGGGCCUGUUCGCCUUGUGCUGGUUCCCCAACCACGUGCUCUACAUGUACCGCUCCUUCCACUACCACCAGAUGGAUCUGUCGCUGGCCCACCUCGUCAUCACGCUGGUGGCCAGAGUCCUCAGCUUCUCCUCCUCCUGCGUCAACCCAUUCGCCCUCUACCUGCUCAGUGAGAGCUUCCGCCGGCACUUCAACAGUCAGCUGCGGUGCGGUCGAGGUCCCCGUCCUGAACGCCAACCCAGCUACAUGCACAGCACCUCUCACAUCCACCUCACAUCCAUCAAGAAGACCACGCCCACCGCCGUCAUUGUGGCUCCGGCAGCAAACGGGAACUCCAACACUCAGGAAGUGGCUCUGUGAAGUUUCCAGGAUCCUCUGCAGAGAGACGAUAAUCAUGUUUGAGAGGGACUCUGGGGAAAAAAACCCAGAAAAAAAACUUCUGACAUGUUCCACCAAUUGGAUGAUUCACGGCAUCAGGAUAAAUCAUGACCAUCAUAAACAACCAAAACAAGAAGUGCCUCUUUGAAACAAAAAAGAGCAGAAACACCCUGAGAAUGUGCUACAACUCAGAACGCCAGCGACCAACUGAGGCUGUAGAAACAGGCAUCAACACAUCCAGUCUGAAGUAUGGAGACGGUUUGUCUGAACUUUUUGUCUGGCAAAAAAUUCAGGCAGUGGUUGCACAGACAUGCAACCACUGCAUGUCUGUGAAUGCAAUGGUUCAUAGACAUCCAAAGGCGUUGGGUAGAGUGGAUGAACCUGGAAAUGUCUGCAAAAUCCUGUCAUCUUUGGAGAUAUGAAGGCAGUUGUGUCUGUUCAGCUCAACGGGAAGCUUUACAACUCAAAACUGAAAAAAAUUAAUCUGCAUGUGGCUCUGCUAGGCAGGCGCUCUGCAGAUAAACAGUCACUGUUCUACAGGUAGAAAUACCAGGUAAGGUUCAGGUAAUGAAGUCAGUACCGUGAGAGUUUGGUUAUGUAUACUUCCAGGAGAAGAGUCACUACCAGCCCUUUCCCUUCCUUUAAUGUCCAGAACUGACUCACAUUUUAAGUAAAAUAUUGUAAAACAGUCAAAAUAAAUUGGUCUUUUAUUGAACAUCACUCACAGUGAAAACCAGACCUAUAAUUAGAGUUUGAGUUUGGAAAACAUCUCAAAUUAACAACAUGCUGUUUUAACAAAAUCACUUUUGCAUCACUGGCUGUCAUCACAAACUCCUCCAAUAAAAUAAAUGUGAGUGAAACAUUUUUAUUUGUAGCUGUUCAAAGUUGAUCAAGUGUCUGAGAGCUUCUAGUUACAAAUCUACAAAUUUCUGCUUCUUUGAUGUACAAAUAUGACGUGACAGAAAAACCCAAAUCCCCAUCAAGCAAAACGGAAAAGACAAAAUAAACACGCCAUUCAAGUAAGAAAGGUUUGUGUCGAUCUAUGUUCAUCUUGUCACCAUGGAGACGGUACGGCAGGUAGGAAUACCACCAACUCUGACUGGUAGAGAACUGGAGCAGCGACUGGAGUCACAAUGUCUCCCUAACAACCAUUAGAUGCCAUAACAAGUUGUCGUUUUGAAGGAAAGCAAAAAAAAAAAAAGAGCUUAUUUCAUCCUACCAUCACAAACGUGCUCAUUGUGAUGGUACAUUGUUAUUCUACUGGGACCUUAAGUGCAAAUGUUGCUUUUCCUAAGAGUUUUCAAUGUGAUGAAGGAUGAAUCACUUCAUGUCUCCUGAGUAAAGUAGAGGAUCUGUAAUGCUGUGGAACCACGACAUCGACACAAAGGUGAAAAUACAGUAGAUCCUUCAUUGGAUCUAAAACAUUUAACAUAGGAAUGCUUCACCAGACACCAAAUUAACUUCUUCUAAGGUUAUCUCAUCUAAAGCCUACAGAAGAGCUGAAUAAAGAAAGCAUCCAUGGGAACCAGGAUUCAGAGACUGGGAUUGCUGGGAUUGCUGCUUAAUUACUGAACCAGUGGCAAAAAGGAGUGGUGCAAAGUGUUCACACCAAUAACUGAUGAUUUUGUUUAAAAGCUAUUUCUUCUCAUGUUAUUUUCCACAAUUACAGGCUGGAUUUUGAGAAAGAAGAUGAUAUUUUAAUGGUUUAUAUACAUAGUUACUAACAGGUGGUCAAUAUUUAAUUAUUGAGAAACAUUUUUUUUUUCAUGGUGCCACAAUUAUCAGAACAUCUUAAUGAUGUUUGAACUUUGGAGGUUUAAAUGAUUGAAUUAUUUUAAGAACAAAAUGAUCAAUGUGUGUGUUUGAUAAGAACACAUUGGUUUCCCUAAAACCAGCAAACAUCGUUAGUGACUGUUGAUCUGCUGGCAGAAACGCCUCCGCAGGCUCAGGAAGUGAUUAUUUGGAAUUAAUUAACCGAAAGUGAGCUGAACACAAUCCCCAUUUUCCCUCUGCAGCCUGUAAUUAGUGUCUAAUUGUAUUACGGGAAUGCAUUUUUAUUAAAGAGCAGUGAAGUAAACGAUUUCAGGAAUCAGUCAAACUGUGUUUAAUUAAAUGGGAUGAUAUACUUCCAGGAGUCAAGUUUUGAGUUUUCAGCUAAUCCUGCUGCUAAUAUUUAUUUCCAUCUGGUGGUUACCGGCCCAGCAUGCCCUCCUUCCUGUGGGGCUUUAAAGACGGUGACAGACAGAGAGGAAAGUGAUGCCUUAUGGAGAGAUUCCUGCUGAUUGCAUAGACUAACAGAGCCCAGUGAUUAUCAUCAUCGCUUUGUGUUGGUGCUUCAGCCUCAACUCAGACGUGAUGAUUUGUGCUUUAUUUUUAUGAAACUCUCCACAAUUUGCUCUUCUUUAAGCCAUGUUCUGAUAUUUUUCCUUCUUUCAGAUGCUUGAUGUGUUGUUUUUUUUGUAUUACGCAUGCUUCUUGUUUUUCUGCUUUGCUCUGUAAUAAAUGUUCCUGUGCAGCCAC